GCUAAAUCAGCUUACACGUUUGAAGAAAAAAAAAACAUAUUUUAUGAAUACAAUUCCUAAUCUCAAUUUUAUCUGUAGACAUGCGUAAUUAUUGAGAUUCUUUUCUCAAUGCAAACGAGACGCUUUGAUGUUCGCCCCGCCCACCAAAUACCACAAACCAAUCAAAAUCAACAAGGAACUGUCAAUCAAACAAACGUUUGGCCAUGAGCUAGCGUUUGCGUUAAGAAAACAAGAAUUCUAAAGGUCCAUGUUAUGGGGGGUGUAAAGCAAGAGCAAAGUGAUGCACCUGCAUCUAAAGACUCUCAAUACACUGACUCAACACAGGAGGAGAACAACCAAUCAUCUCAGCCUGUAAAGAAGCGAGGCUGGCCAAAGGGGAAGAAGAGAAAGAAGGUGUUGCCUAAUGGCCCCAAGGCUCCAGUUACUGGAUACGUGCGUUUCCUGAAUGAGAGACGGGAACAUAUCCGAGCCCUUCACCCUGAUCUUCCCUUCCCAGAAAUCACCAAAAGACUUGGAGCAGAAUGGAGCCGCCUGGCCCCUCACGACAAACAGCGGUACUUGGACGAAGCUGAAAGGGACAAAAUGCAGUAUGCACAAGAACUUAAGGAGUAUCAAAAGAGUGAAGCUUACCAGAUUACAUGCACUAAAGUUCAGGACAAGAGAAUAAAGAGAGAGGAGACCUCUGUCAUAAUCAAUGCCAACAGUUCCGGAUCAGCAGGUUUUAAGAGUUCAGACUUCUCCCCCAGAUUUGAUGUCCCUAUUUUCACAGAAGAAUUUCUGGACCAAAACAAAGCACGAGAAUCAGAGCUGCGACGAUUGCGCAAAGCCAACGUGGAGUUUGAGGAGCAGAAUGCGGUGCUGCAGAAGCACAUUGCCGACAUGUUUAGCGCCAAAGAGCGACUGGAAGCAGAGUUGGGCCAGGAUGAACUGCGUACACAGUCUCUACAGCGCCACCUUCAGGCAAUUAAACAGACACUGGUCAGCAGCCUGGCCACUGUACCCCUACCAGGCACAGGCGAGACCCCAUCUAUUGGAACGCUGGAUUCAUACCUGAGUCGGUUGAGUAGUACUUUGGAAAGCAGGCCUCACGAGCAUCGCGCCUUAGUUCUCAAGCUACAAGAGCUCCUAGCUCACCUAGACAGCGAGAAGCUUUGAAAAAAAAUGUUUACAGCUGUGUUCGUGAUGGCCUGGAACUCCCAUGCACUGGCUUGAACGUUUCUGCCUCACAACGUGUAUCAGACAGUGCAAUACAGUUUAAUGGACAUUUUUCAAAAGGGUAAACGGCCUGUAAGCCAAUUUGUAUUUUAAACUUUUUGACAUUUAAUGACCUAAUACAUCAGAUUCUUACAAUUCUUGGAUGGUAUAACAUCAAGCUACAAUUUGUCAGUAAUAUUCUCUUUGCUAACAUAUAGUAAUGUGAUAUGCAUCUCGUAUUGGUUCAUCGGAACCCUUGCUGCAUGCAUUGUUUUCUGGGGUUACAUGAAGCUCAUGUGCCAUGGUUUUUACUGGUACUCUAAACUAUGUAAGUAACAUUUUCCAACAUCAAAAUUUGCUGAUCAAUUCAGGUUGUAUUUCCCUUUGAACAGUUAGCAUCCUGAAGGAUGAAUUCUAGCAUUAAGAUAUUUCGGGUAUCAGAGUUUACACUGCGUUAAGUGAUGUACCGGAAUGGAAUUAUUAUUUUAUUAUUAUUUUUUUUUUUAUUGUUUGAAUGUUAUUUUAAUAUGGAAUACACUUGUUUUGGUAAGGAAGUAAAUAAUAAAAUCUGGCAACAAUUAGUCUCUUAACCUUCUUUUUCAUGAGUGCUUUAGUAAUCUUUGAGAUAUAUAGAUACACUUUUCCUGUGAUACACUUUUCUUUUCUACUUUAUUUAAAUGUGUCAUUUGUAUCCAGUAGAGGGUGGCAGUGACCACAUCACAAACAAGUCCUAUGGUCAAAAGAAAAAAGGGAGGGAUCCCUUGUGUAUUAUGUUUUGAUAAAUUAAAAACAUGAUACAUUUGAUUAAAUAAAUGUUCUUCAGACCUCAGUUUCCU